AUGCUUUCGAUCCAGUCGGUACAAUCGUUUCGGAUCCCGCUUAGGUGUCUCUAUCGUUUAUUUCUCCGACCCCACUCCAAUUCACCAGAGAUUCAAAAAUCAAAAGAAUGGCUAAAGACCUUUGAAAGCUCACAAAUUCCAAGACACUUGUUUAACAUCUCCUACAGCAGAUCAUCAGGACCUGGUGGACAAAAGGUGAAUAAAACAUCCUCGAAAGCUACUGUUGCUUUGGAAGAAGGUGAGUGGUUGCAAGGUUCCACGUGUUAUUGGAUACCUUCUCCCAUACGGCAACAACUUCAAGAAAGGCCAAUUCGCUACCAAACAAAAUCUAAAGGUCUUUUAAUUCAAUGUGAUACGAGCAGGAACAGAGACCAUAACACUGAAGAAUGCUUUUCGAGGCUUUUGGAAGAGAUCAAGUCCAAGGUCUAUUUCCCAGGCGAGGUUAAAGAAGAGGAUAAGGUUAAAUGGAUUCAAUUAGAAGAAGACUUCAAAGAGCGAAAGAAGUUCAAUAAAAAGAAACAAUCAGACAAAAAACGAAACAGGACUAAAAAAUUUGAUCUAUAA